CGGAUCACCGAUCCACGGAAAGAGCCGAAGAUGUCGGCUCGGUCAUGUGAUCAGCUGUGUCCAAUCACAGCUGAUCACAUGGGACAUGUACACUGAUCAUCAGGGCACUGAUAAUCAGUGUACCCUGAUGAUCAGUGUAGCCCCAGCAGUGCCACCUGUCAGUGUCCAUCAGUGCCAGCUCUCAGUGCUCAUCUAUGCCACCUGCCAGUGCCCAUCAGUGCCACAUCAAUGCCACAUAUCAGUGCCUACCAGUGCACAUCAAUGCCACAUAUCAGUGCCUACCAGUGCACAUCAAUGCCACGUAUCAGUGCCCAUCUGAGCUGCCUUUCAGUGUCACCCAUCAGUGCCAGUCAGUGCCACCUAUCAAUCCCAAUCAGUGCCACCUAUUAGUGCUGCCAAUCAGUGCCACCUAUCAGUGCCAGUCAGUGCCGCCUAUCAGUGUGCAUCAGUGCCGCCUAUCAGUGCCCGUCAGUGCUGCCUAUCAGUGCUGCCUAACAGUGCCAGUCAGUGCCACCUAACAGUGCCAGUCAGUGCCACCUAUCACUGCCACCUAUCAGUGCCGUCCUAUCAGUGCCAUAUAUCAGUGCUGCCUUUUAGUGCCCAUCAGUGAUG